AUGCCAAUCUCUCACGAGACCUCUUUCCCUAACUUUGCAACUCCAUGCAAACUAUACACAAGCACUCAUCUAGUCAUCGGUCCUUACUCACUAGCACAUGCUCAUGCAGUCUUCUUGCCUUCAAACCCAGCACUCACCUCUACUACCCUCUCAAAUACAAUCGAUCCAUCGGCCGCUCGUUUUAAAGCUAUUGAAUUUGCACUCCAGCUGCUCGUCGAUCACCCAGAAACCGCCGCACCAUCACGUCGUUGUACCAUUUACUUUUGUGAGCCUUCUUCUCCAUUGCUAGUCCCCUGGCGCCCGUCACAAUCUUCAGUAGCAUCUUCUACAUCAUCAAUUUCAUCUUCAUCGUUGUCAGCAACUCGAAUAAGUGGGUCACACUCUGGAGCCAUCUUUAUGCUUAUGGCAUACCUGCGGAACUCGCUAGGGAUCGAUGUUACAAUAUGUCAAAUUAAAUCAGGAGACAAGGCAAUGGAUUCAAACGGUAAACGGGCACUUUGGUUAGCAAAAGCUGCAAGUGAAGAUGUAUACAAAAUGGGGCAUAGUUAG